GCAUAGGUUUGCACCUCGUAGACUAAUAUGCUGCUCCUAUCCCUUUUGUAGGCGGAACCUCUAGCUUAAGUUACGAUAUACUGAUUAUCCGUACGCAAUCUCGAGUAUGCCGACUGAACAGGAAAAGCGUAGGGCGGUGUUAGCUUCGAGGGGCCAGGGUCCUAUGUUCUCCCCCCCUCCAAGCUCUCCGAGGGGUAAUAGUGUACACGCGCCUCUUAGCAAGACCGCGCCGACAAAACCGGAAAAUCCAACCGGUAGAACCGGCCUACCUACAGGACAGCCGUACCACGGUCAACCGCUUGAGGCUGCAUCCAUCUUAAGCCACCCGCGACUACAACAGGUGACAGGCCUACACCCGCGGAAGGUAUCUUGGUGGAAAGGUGUUCACCCCCCAAGAGACGAGCUAGCGCGCCUCCAAUGGGUUAUGAACCUGCCAGACGCCUAUCCCGUCAAACGGCCGAAAGGGAAUUUCUAAUACCGCGGGUCGCAAACGAAGAAGAGAUGUCCAAGAUAAUCACUACUCAAUAUUUCUUUUUGCUGAAUGCCAUUCUACACUCACCACCCCUAUAUGCCGAGGUUGUGCUUUGAGGUAUCUAAAAGA